AUGGUGUGCAGUAAGGAGGCUUGGGCUAUGAGUUUUGGUACAGCAAUUGAUCACCUACGGAGAGAAAGGAAUAACAUGAAAUUCGAAGAUAGAGCUCGCUUGGCCAGGUAUAUUGUGGCUGUGGUGGUUGAAGAUGUUAGAAGGAACAGACAUUCGUCGAUGGGUGAGGUUAGAAUGGUGACGGAUGUGCUAGUUUGCAGGUGCCUUGGCAUCCCAAUUCAGGCUGCCGCUAAUAGAAGAAUCUUGGAAGUGUUUCGAUGCAAACCCCCUAUUAAUUGGGUUAAAUUAAAUUUUGAUGGUAGUUCACUAGGUAAUCCUGACCGUGCAGGGAAGAUUCCGGUUGGGCUAUUUACUUCUUUGUCGAAGCUGGAGAUGGUUUCUAUUAAUUUCAAUGGCUCGAUAGGAGAAAUACCAACUUCUUUUGGGAACAUUUCCUCCAUUCGAUCUGUCUCUUUAAGUGGAAAUGGACUGCAAGGGAGCAUUCCAGAAACCUUUGGUUGGCUUGCAAAUUUAUACUUUCUAGGACUUGCUCUAAAUAAGCUAUCUGGAGAAAAUCAAAUUUCUGGAACUAUCCCUGCUGGGAUUGAGAAUCUUGUCAACUUGACCGAUUUGGGCUUGGAGGUGAACUUUCUGAAAGAAAUUGGUAAUUUGAAGAGUGUUUCUACAAUAGAUGUCUCUGAAAACAGAUUGUUUGGAGAAAUCCCCUCCUCCUUUGGUGAUUGUAAUAGUUUGGAACAUCUUAACAUAGGGCAUAAUUUCUUUGAAGGAACCAUUACUCAAUCUUUGACUCUUUUGAAGGGGCUUCGAGAUUUAGAUCUCUCAUCAAACAACUUAUCAAGGGAAAUCCCAAAAGAUCUAGAGAAAUUUGUAGCAUUGCAGAGUUUAAAUUUAUCCUUCAAUAAUCUUAAUGGGGAGAUCAAAAAGCAACAUCCAUCCACACCAGUAAUUGGUGACCAGUUCUUGAAGCUUUCUUACAAAGAGCUCUUCCAAGCUACUAGAGGAUUUUUUUCAGCUAAUUUCGUAGGUUCUGGUAGUUUUGGCUCUUUAUACAAAGGGAUUAUCAACAAUGAUGAAACAAUUGUCGCAAUCAAGGUAUUCAACCUUCAAAAUCCAAGAGCUUACAAGAGCUUUACGGUUGAAUGUGAAGCAUUACAGAAUAUUCGGCAUCGAAAUCUUGUCAAGAUUUUAACUUUAUGUUCAAGUCUUGAUUCAAAAGGCAAAUAUUUCAAAGCCCUGGUUUAUGAGUUCAUGCCCAAUGGGAGUCUUGAUGACUGGUUGCAUCCGCUGAUGGAGGAACAUAAUCAUUCAAGGAAUUUAAGCCUUCUUCAAAGAUUAAACAUCGCAAUUGAUGUGGCUUCUACAUUGGAUUACCUUCAUUACCAUUGUUAUACAUCAAUUGUUCAUUGUGACUUGAAGCCAAGCAAUGUUCUACUUGACAGUGAUAUGAUUGCACAUGUUAGUGACUUUGGUUUGGCGAGGCUACUUUUAGAAUCUGGCGACAAUUCAUCCCAGGCUCAAACUAGUACCAUUGGGAUAAAAGGAUUUAUUGGCUAUGCUACUCCAGAAUAUGGCAUGGGUGGAAGAGCAAAUAUAAAAGCUGAUGUGUUUAGCUAUGGGAUCCUAUUAUUGGAGAUGUUCAUAGGAAAAAGGCCAACGGAUCAGCUAUUUACUAAUGACUUAAAUCUCCAUAAUUUUGCAAAGGCAGCUUUACUAGUACACUUGAUGAAAAUUUUAGAUCCAAGACUCCUACCCAAGGAAGAACAAAGUGAAGAAAUUGAGAAAGAUGACAUCAACAAGACUAUUGGUCUUAGUCAUAGGACAGGAAAAUUGCAGGAUUGCAUAAUGGCAAUAAUGGAAAUUGCGCUCCAGUGCUCCAAGGAAUCCCCAAGAGAACGUAUGAACAUGAAUGAUCUGCUUAAUGCUCAUGGAAAACUCCAAGAAAAGAAAGUUUUAGAUCAUACAGCAAAGAUUUACCCCCAAUUAGAACAAUUCCGUCAAUACUAG